AAAGUGGGGUUUCCUCGCGCUGAAGGCGGGGCCGGAUUGUGACGUGAGCCCGCCUCUUCCUGUCGGUGUCAGAGAGCCAACUUCACCAUAUUUAGCUGCUCGCCGAAGCCUCUCGGAGUUCUCCUGUCAACCAGCCUGGGAAUCCUGACACUCAUCGGCGAACACACCGCGGGACUGACAGCCGACUUUUACAGCUUGGACACAACUUACUGACGUCAGCGGAAGACGGAGCACGGCGAAAAGCGACCUGCCUGAAACAGCUGUUUUAAUGGGAUAAAAAAAAGUGUACGUCGCCUGUCAGAAUUCCAACUAUCAGCCGUGCUAGCCUGCUAGCUGCUUAUUUUAGCUGGUCAAACGGCUCCCUUUCCCCGUUGUGAAAAUAUUUAUGUCAUCUCUACGGACCGCCAUACAUCGGCAGGGAUUUAUGUGGACUUCAUGACCCCGCUGUGAUGAUCUCCUGACAGCUCCUCUCUUCCCUUCCAACCAUUUUAUACGAAAGCCAGGCUAGCGAGCUGACUGGGCUAACUAGCUCACAGCAGCCAGUAGCUUUAGCCUUGGCAGCGGAGUCUGAGUUUAUCUGUCGACGUGCGAAAAAAGGUGGUUUGUGGAGAAAAAACGAAAAGUAUCGGCUGGUGAAACGUCCAUAGAGGAAGGAAGGAAGGGAGGGUUGCCUUUUCAAAGUAGGAGAGGAGGGGGUGUCUGGUGGGUGGGUGUGCUUAGGACACGCUGUUUCACAGCGGAGGCAGAGGAGCUGCACUCCCGAAGGAGACACCGGACUGAACGGAGGAGUCCCCAACGUUUGACAUCUGUGAUCCGGGAAGCGAACCGGGCAGAGACCUCAUGAAUGGAAAUCGGAACUACAGGAGCCGUUGGGCCCCAGGCCCUGUUCUCCAUGCCUCGGCGGCCUGGCUAUGGCACCAUGGGGAAGCCAAUCAAGCUGCUGGCAAACUGCUUCCAGGUGGAGAUCCCAAAGAUGGAUGUCUACCUCUAUGAGGUAGACAUCAAGCCUGACAAGUGUCCACGUCGAGUGAACAGGGAGGUGGUCGACUCCAUGGUGCAGCACUUCAAGGUGACCAUUUUUGGAGACCGGAGGCCUGUCUACGAUGGAAAGAAGAGUUUGUACACAGCCAACCCACUGCCUGUGGCUCCCACAGGGGUGGACCUUGACGUCACUCUUCCAGGCGAGGGUGGCAAAGAUCGUCCCUUUAAAGUUUCCAUCAAGUUCGUGUCUCUGGUCAGUUGGCACAUGCUCCACGAGGUGCUGACUGGCCGCAGCAUGCCAGAACCGCUUGAGCUGGACAAGCCCAUCAGCACCAACCCUGUGCAUGCAGUGGAUGUAGUCCUGCGACACCUGCCCUCCAUGAAGUACACUCCAGUUGGCCGAUCUUUCUUUUCAGCACCAGAGGGUUAUGACCACCCUCUUGGAGGAGGGAGGGAAGUUUGGUUCGGCUUUCACCAGUCUGUGCGCCCUGCCAUGUGGAAGAUGAUGCUAAACAUUGAUGUCUCUGCCACAGCCUUCUACAAAGCCCAGCCAGUUAUCCAGUUCAUGUGUGAAGUGUUGGACAUCCACAACAUAGAUGAGCAGCCUCGCCCUCUCACAGACUCUCACAGGGUCAAAUUCACCAAAGAAAUCAAAGGUUUGAAGGUGGAGGUGACGCACUGUGGAACGAUGAGGAGGAAGUACCGCGUUUGCAACGUGACCCGUCGGCCUGCCAGCCAUCAAACGUUUCCUCUGCAGUUGGAGAACGGUCAGACUGUAGAACGCACAGUAGCCCAGUACUUCAGGGAGAAGUACAACCUGCAGCUCAAGUACCCUCAUUUACCCUGUCUACAGGUGGGCCAGGAGCAGAAGCACACCUACCUGCCCCUAGAGGUGUGUAACAUAGUGGCGGGUCAGCGAUGCAUCAAGAAGCUGACGGAUAAUCAGACCUCGACUAUGAUAAAAGCCACGGCUCGCUCUGCACCUGACAGACAGGAGGAGAUCAGCAGGCUGGUGCGAAGUGCCAACUAUGAGGCAGACCCUUUCGUCCAGGAGUUCCAGUUCAGAGUUCGCGACGAGAUGGCUCAUGUGACGGGGCGAGUGCUACCCGCCCCCAUGCUGCAGUACGGCGGCAGGGUGAGCACUGAGCACUUUAUGAAUCGCACUGUAGCCACGCCCAGCCACGGCGUGUGGGACAUGAGGGGCAAGCAGUUCCACACAGGGGUGGAGAUAACGAUGUGGGCAAUAGCUUGCUUCGCCACACAGAGACAGUGCCGUGAAGAAAUUCUCAAGGGUUUCACAGAUCAGCUACGGAAAAUCUCAAAGGACGCUGGGAUGCCGAUCCAAGGCCAGCCGUGCUUCUGCAAGUAUGCCCAGGGUGCCGACAGCGUAGAGCCUAUGUUCAGGCACCUAAAGAACACCUACGCUGGGCUACAGCUCAUCAUUGUCAUUCUGCCUGGAAAGACCCCCGUCUAUGCUGAGGUGAAGCGAGUGGGAGACACCCUUCUGGGCAUGGCGACCCAGUGCGUCCAGGUGAAGAAUGUCGUGAAGACGUCUCCUCAGACCCUCUCAAACCUCUGCCUGAAGAUCAAUGUGAAGCUGGGAGGUAUAAACAACAUCCUGGUGCCUCACCAACGACCAUCAGUGUUUCAGCAGCCAGUUAUCUUCCUGGGAGCAGACGUUACACAUCCGCCUGCCGGAGAUGGGAAGAAGCCUUCAAUCGCAGCGGUGGUUGGUAGUAUGGAUGCCCACCCCAGCAGGUACUGUGCCACUGUGCGUGUCCAGAGACCCAGGCAGGAGGUCAUCCAGGAUCUGGCCUCCAUGGUGCGGGAGCUCCUCAUCCAGUUCUACAAGUCGACGCGCUACAAGCCAACCAGGAUCAUUUUCUACAGGGACGGAGUUUCAGAAGGCCAGUUCAGACAGGUGCUGUACUAUGAGCUGCUGGCCAUCCGAGAGGCCUGCAUCAGCCUGGAGAAGGAGUACCAACCAGGCAUCACCUACAUUGUCGUGCAAAAACGCCACCAUACUCGCCUCUUCUGUGCCGACCGUAAUGAGAGGGUUGGACGCAGUGGAAACAUUCCUGCUGGUACUACUGUGGAUACGGACAUCACGCAUCCCUACGAGUUCGAUUUUUACCUCUGCAGUCACGCUGGAAUACAGGGCACCAGCCGGCCCUCCCACUACCAUGUACUGUGGGAUGACAACUGUUUUACUGCUGAUGAGUUCCAGCUGCUCACCUACCAGUUGUGCCAUACCUACGUGCGCUGUACACGCUCAGUCUCCAUCCCUGCGCCCGCCUACUAUGCCCACCUGGUGGCCUUCCGCGCCCGCUACCAUUUGGUGGACAAAGAGCAUGACAGCGCCGAAGGCAGCCACGUGUCCGGUCAGAGUAAUGGUCGCGACCCCCAGGCGCUGGCCAAAGCUGUUCAGAUUCAUCACGACACCCUGAGGACCAUGUACUUCGCCUGAGCAAACAAACAUCCAUCCCUCCUCAAACAUGAUAACCUUUAUCACACAGACACAAAAACAACCCGGCACGCCUGGUUUGCCAGUCGAGGAGUCCUCAUAGGUGCAUGUCCACCCACCCACCCGCCACACACCCACAUGCCGAGUCAAUACGGACCUGACACUGUGCAGAGGAGAGGAGGGAGGGGAGGAGGCGCCCCUACACUGGACCGAGGAUGCAAACGCUGCUUUAAAGACAAAUAAGACAGAAACUCAGCACCAUUAUGCAAUAUUAAACCAGCCAACUAGUUUAUCCCCCCACCUCCCUUCACUGCCCCUCCCAUUUUUUCUUUUGCUGUUUCUCUCCCUUGUUUGUGACCUUGUGGUUGUUUUAUGAUUAUUAUUAUUUUUUUUAAUCUCUUUACUUUUCCCCUCGUUUGGCACAGACCUUCUCUGUUGGUCUCAUUCUGCGCCAUCUUAGUACCUCAACUCAGUUUGAGCAGCAGCACUUUUACAUACUUUCAGUUUUACUGUAGUUUGAUGAUACUCCCCACGGUUUAAAACAAGUUACAGGCUUCUGGGUCAUUUGAAGUUUUUAUUUUUAAAUUUUUUUUUUUGUUUUUUUUUUUUUUUGGACCACAGGUCCUUUACAUUGCCACUCUUCCUAAUUUUAUGUCUCCCUAGUUUUACUCUUAUGAAGACAAAUGUUUGUUUGAGCACACUGCCAUCUGCUGGCGACGAGGUAUAAAUGCCCUCUAAAAGUCACAAUAAGGUUUAAUAUAAUGGUCAGAUGUCGGGUAUGAACAGGGGAAGUUCUUAUUGGCUGAUAAAGAAAAAAUGCUGAAAUGCAGCCAUAUAUGGAGUAUUUUUUAAGUAUAACACUGUAUUUAAUCCAGUCAUUUCAUCUGUGUUAUGCAGACAACUAUUGAUUUAUGCUUUCUUAAUCAUAUUUUGUUCUUAUUCUUAGCAAUCAUUUAGUUUCCUCCGUGCUUUAACUUGCAUUUUCCUCCCUAUUCGAGAUGGUGGAUAAUUUUAAGAUUGUGACAAUGAUUUCCUUUAGUGCAAUAAUCAGUUGAACGAAGGGAAGAGGAUUUUAGGGGAUUUAAACGACUCAUAAGUAGUUUUUAAUAUUUCGAUGAAAAGUUCUCCCACUUCUGAGGCACUUCUUUUAUCGCUCGCUCGCUUUCUUUGUUUGUUGUUGUUGAUAUUUUUUCUUGGUUUUGCUUGUUGCUGUUGGGUAAAAACCGAUUCAUCCGCAGUUUUUAUUUUUGUUUUUCUACUUGAACCGAAGGAAUUUAUGCAUCCCUUUUUACCUUAAGUUUAAUUAGUAAAUUGUAAAAACUCCUGAUCAUGACUUUGCAAGAGUUUGUUUCAGAUAUUCUUGACAGAUGGUGAAGCAUAUAGGCCAUAAAGAAGUAUUUAAGUGCCUGGCAGAAAUGUUUUGUAGAAGCUGUAAGAAUCCCAUUUCAAUAAGUUCUAGUAAUCAUGAAGCAUAUUCCAACAAGCUGAAACGUUCACCUGAUGCCUCUCAUUCUUUUCAAUGCAUCUCAUUUAAAAAGAACAUAUAUUCCCUUUCUGCCUGUGUGGCCAUUGAAGCUGUUGGCUUUGCUUUAGAGUUUGUCUUUUUACUUGAUACUGAAAAGACAUGAAUCCAGCUGCUGCAGUGUGUUUUUAAAACAGACUGGAUUUAUAAAGUUAUAGACUUUCAGGAAAAUAUUCCUGCGGUUGAAUCCAGAAAGUUUCAGCUAGGUGUAAUUCCUGCCCAUUUAACUGGCCCUGAAUAGGAAGUGUCCUCGAAACAGAGCAGAGGAGUCAUGUGGGGCGAAGCACAACUGUUCGGUGACCAGAGACGUUUCAUGCAUCAAAUGUGCCUUAUUGGUGCAAAUCAAAUCUAUCGCAGACCCAACAAAAGUUUGCUCACAACAGGAGCAGCGUGUUCUCACACAUUCAAAGCCACAACGUUGUUGGAAACGUAGAUCCCAUCCUCACACCUUUCGUGUUAAUAAUCCCAGUGUGCGGUAAAGGCACAUUUGAACUAAAACUACGAUCCCCACGUUUCUCCUCCUCUCUGCUGAAGACCUGAAGCUUGUUCAGGACGUUUUUUCAAAUGUAAUCUGCACUAAAAGAAGCGUGUGUUUCUAAACAGAACACAGGCAUGGUGCUACUCUAAGAGUUUUGAAUCUGAGCCUCUGUGCACGAGACUCUAGUUAAGCAGGUUAGGGUUUAAAGAAAUAGAAACCUCAGAACAGAAGAAGAGGAAAAGGUGCUUUUUGAUACGGUUGAUGCGAAGAAUAGAUUUACUAAUUAUUUUUGAGUUAGUUCAGGAUCGAUUUUUGGGUUCGGAGAGCUUGUGAACGGUACAACGACAGACGCCCCUUUGAUCAGAGGUAUAAUGUAGGGUCCUGCCUCCACAGUCUCAGCCUUGCAGUCUGGAGACUAGUGUGUUUGAGCCUUCAUUAUUUCACUAAUACCUUUUUGUUUUCUUUUUUUUAAAAAAAAGCCAGAAUAUGAAAUAUAUUUGUAAAUUUUAAGUUAUGUAAUGCACACCACUUAUUUUUGCUAACAGAUAAGAUGUAGUCUAAUUAUUAAUCUUAGUAAUUAAUGUAUUAUUAGGAAAGGUUAAAAAGAUAUAACAAAGUUUAAUUACUGCAACUGACUGUUGACUCGUUCCUGUGUCGGUGUAUAGACGUAUAGUACAUGUAUGAACAGUGGUGGGGUUGUUGGACCUAGUGACGUGUUUUGACUGUUAUCGGUAGGGAUGUGGACUUCUGCCACCGCUUUCUUUGAUGUUUGGUUAAAAAAAAAAGCUUGCUAGAUGCUUAAUGCUCUUUUAAUUUAAAUUCUCAGAGCCUGAACCGUAAAAAAAAGAAAAUAAAAAAUGGCGGCAUGCUCUGAACGCCUUUGUUUUAGGACAGAAGAGUCAGUAGUCGAAUGCGGUGACAGCUACUCCUUGACAGGAUAGAGCCGGCCAAAACGGAAAGGUGGUUUUGAUGGUUUUAUUUCAAAUCCACACGAUCAAAGAAUAACUUUUAACAUUUGCUAGCAGUUCUCGGUUCCUUUGAGUUAAAUCCUGGAGGGAUUUGCAUCGCGCUGCAACCCCUUGUUCCACAAACUGGCCUCAAGCCCUUUUUCAUGAGCACACAAAUCCAGAUCGUGGCCUGCCUGGUAAAUCAGUGUGACAAAGCCUGUAAUCCCAUUUUUACUCCUAAAAAAAUUUUCUCCCUCCCCCUGCCUGACGACAUUCAUCAAUGGCCGUACGAUUUCAUUCAGUCCCCCCACGUGGCCACGAAAGGUUGAAACUGACAUCUUAGUGGGCUUUCUGAAGAUUGUAAGCAGGAGUGUUUUUGGAAGGAUGUUGGAAAUGAUCAGUGAGAACUUUACAUGGCAGGUUGAACCAGUGAGUGUAUGUCUGAAGGAGGAGGCGGAGGAUUGUUCCUCUGCAGCCUGAAAUGGACGUGGAGGGCAGUGGAACACAUGUUUACACAGCGGAUGUGUUUGCCUGUCUUACAUAUUUAAUGCCAUCAGCUGCUCUUUGCAGAUCUAAGCUAGUUAUAAAGAGCGUUUCAGACUUCGUUUUUAAAAAUUAGGUUUGAUGUAAACAAUUUACGGCUUGAUUUAUUUAUUUUUUUCUGUUCAGAAAAAAAUAUAACACAUCGGAUUAUCUUAGAGCUAGCUAAAUGUAACCACUUUUAGUUUUCAAUAAGUUUAACAGGUUUUGUUUGCUCUGUGUCUGGAAGGUAGUGAGACGAAGUCCACAGAAAGUGCCUUUCCUCUCGAUGGUGCUCUCAUGUGAAAAUGUCAAAUUAAACUAAUAAAAUCUCUUGUGGCCACAUUA